AUGCCGUACAUCAUCAGAGUCAACGUUGAUGGUCGCUGCCGAGGGAACGGAUUGGACUGGGCUAUCGGCGCAGCUGCUGCAUCGUUUCAAGACCGAAACGGCAUCUACAAAACCUGGACCAAAAACUUGUUUCGAGUCAGUUACUAUCAGCCGAGGGUCACUAGCCAGCGCGCUGAGUUGGAGGCAAUUAUUCUGGCACUUGAGCAAAUCAUCGUCAAGCAUCAAGAAUUGCACCCCAAGCCGCGUCUAAACGUGAAAAUCUUCUCUGAUUCCCAGUAUGCUAUUCGUUGCAUGACUGAAUGGCUCCGUAAAUGGGCGAGUAAUGGUUGGAUCAACUCUUGUGGAUUUGGUGUUUCAAAUCAGGAUUUGAUCAAGAAAGCGAGUAUUCUUGAUGCCCAGAUGCGGCUUCUUGGGGAUUUGAACUACAGCUUUAUCCCUCGGAAAGAGAACAAGACUGCGGAUGAGGCUUGCCAGCGGGUGAUGGAUGACUUGGAAGAUGACCCUUUCUCUGGUGAUUUCGGUGAUGAAUCAUGGGGAUUCAAAUGA